UAACCCUAACCCUAACCAAAACCUUCAACCAAUGGCCGGAGGUCGAUUCCGCGAGCUCUUAAACAAAUACGGCAAGGUCGCUCUCGGCGUCCACCUCUCCGUCUCCGCCGCAAGCAUCACCGGCCUCUACAUCGCCAUUAAAAACAACCUCGACGUUGAAUCGGCGUUAGAAAAGGUCCGAUUUAAGCAGCUGGAAUCGAUCCUCGAAAAAGUCGGUAUGGCUGGACCUAAAGAAGAAGAAUUAGACGCUGAUAUUUCAAAUCCGGAAUCGAAGGAGAGGAAUCAGACGGCGGAGCUGGUGGCGUCGAGCGGCGGAGCGUUGGCGCUGGUGGUUCUGUGUAAUAAGGCUCUGUUUCCGGUCAAAACCCGUAGAAUGACAUUAAUGCCCUCAUGUGCUUCACAUGUGACCUGA